UUUCUUUCUUUCUAUUUAUAUUAUUAUAUUGGAAACUAGGAAACACUAAACAUACAUUUGAAGAAGAUCUUGCUUCCUUCACCUUGCCUUAUCUUCUUAAUUUUAUUCGUAUUUUCCAUUCAGAACCAAAACGUCACAAUCCGUUCAGGCAUUUCUCAGAUCAAAAAAAAAAAAAAUCUAACCUUUCUUUUUCAGUUUCUCGUUUAUUCUACUAUAUUUCAAUAAAAAUCUGAAAUUUUCCGUUCUUUAUCUCAAAACGAUUUUUUUAACAACCCAAGGUUUUUUCGUUGUUUAAAAAUCGUUUCUUUGAUAAACUACUGUUGUAUUUAGCGUUCAGAGGUGUUAAACCAAAAAAAACUUUAGGUGCGUUUGGUGACGGGGGUGGGGACAUUCUAUUCUGGGAUUGGAUAAGAGAUAAAAAUGGUAGGAGGAGGGAAUAGCAGGAGGGAUGAGUCUUUGGUGAUUAACAGCACGAAUGUUUUUGCGGCGCUUGGGAGUUUGAAAAAGAAGAAGAAGAAGGGAAGUGAAAAAGAACAUCAGGGUUCUUCUUCUAAGAGCAAAGGGAAGAAGGAAGGGGAGAAGGAAGCGGAGAAGAAAGAAGUGUUCUGGGCCCCAUCACCUCUCAAGGUGAAGUCUUGGGCUGACGUCGAUGAAGAAGAUGAUGAUGAUUAUUAUGCCACCAUGGCUCCCCCUGGCUCCGCUUGGGACACUCAUAAAGAACCAGAGCCUAUUUUGGAGGGAAGUGAAAGUGAGGAAGAAGGCCUUGAUGAAGUUGAUGAUGACGUUGAAGAAGAACAUGAAAAUGAAGCUGAGGCCCUAGUAGAAGUGCAGCCAGUUGUUAACAAGCCUCCCAAAGCCUCUAUGGUCACUAAAGAGACAGAAAGACAGCUUUCAAAGAAGGAACUGAAGAAGAAGGAGCUUGAGGAACUGGAUGCUGUUCUUGCUGAGUUAGGAUAUACCAAACAGGAGACAGGAAUUGCACAGAGAAAAAAUGCAGAGAGCAAUGGAGAAAUGGAAAAGAUAGAGAAUGCUCCUGCUGAAAGCAAAAGUGCUAAAAAGAAGAAAAAGAAGGAUAAAUCAUCAAAGGAGGUGAAAGAAUCAUCUCAGGCCCAGCCUAAAGGUAUUGAUGCUGGAAAUGAUGCCGAAGAAACUGGUGAAACUAAGAAGCCAGAAGAGACAUCUGCUGUUGAUGUGAAAGAGCGGCUGAAAAAAGUAGUUUCUAGAAAGAAGAAAAAAUCAAGUAAAGAGAUGGACGCUGCUGCACAAGGUGCUGCCAGUGAGGCUGCUGCAAGGAGUGCAAAGCUUACUGCUGCAAAGAAAAAGGAGAAGAAUCACUACAAUCAGCAGCCAGUGCGGUAAAGUGGCAAGGGUUGGACUUUUUCUUUUCAUUUUAACUUCUCACAUAUGAACAUGUAUUGCUUUCUUGUUCGAUUUGUUAAUGGGAAAUAAACAUCAGUAAAUUGUUUUUUGUGAAUGCGACUCUAACAGGGCACUUUUGUUCUCAGAGAAAAAAAUCAAUUUAUUUAGUCUUUGGCGUU